AUGACCGACUCUGCACAACUCCCAGCUGCGCGAUUUGCUCGUAUGGCAUUGAAGGUUGCUCAGGACGUCAUUGAUUCUGGACCAAGGCGACACACGCACGACUCGCCAUGGAGACUGGGUACUUACAACGCGAGAACAGUUUCCACAGACGCUGACCUGCAUGCCCUUCUCCGAGCUGCAGAGCAUAUCAAAUUUCACGUGAUUGCUCUGCAGGAGACCAAGUGCAGAAGGAGCGACGCACGACAGAUGAAUGACGGUACACUCGUCAUUCGUGGAGAGAAGGUUCCGUCGCGAAAUGUAGGCGGUGUUGGUUUUGUUGUGCACCCAUCUGUCGUCCAUCUCGUCGAUUCUCACGAGAUCCUGUCACCUCGUCUGGCCAUUCUUCGCCUCCGCCCUCUGCGCCAAAAAUCCAUCAGUAUCAUCAACUGCUACUCACCAACAUCAGCAGCUGAUGAAUCCGUAUUGGACGCGUUUUACGAGGAGUUGGAGGAAGCCAUCCGCAACGAGAAGUCCUUCUACAAAAUUGUUGUCGGAGACUUCAACGCAAAACUAGGAAAGGAAUACAGGAUUGAAGGAUUUGGACAAGGGGACCGGAAUGAAAAUGGCAAUUGUCUCUCCGGGCUGUUGUCCGCCGCUCGCCUUUUUCAUGGGAACUCCUUGUCCCAAAUUGACAGUCAUAUCGAGGAGGACCCAAACGUAGACUACGAGAUGCUGCUCAGAGGAUUGCGAGCCGGAGCUGGGCGUGCCUCGAAGCCGCGCACGACAAGCUUGGAUCGGACUUCGAAGACCACUAAGGAAUUGUUGGAAUGA